AUGGCCUUCACCAGCCAGUGUGCUGCCCAUCAGCCUUCACCAGCCAGUGUGCUGUCCAUCAGCCUUCACCAGCCAGUGUGCUGUCCAUCAGCCAUCACCAGCCAGUGUGCUGUCCAUCAGCCUUCACCAGCCAGUGUGCUGUCCAUCAGCCUUCACCAGCCAGUGUGCUGCCCAUCAGCCUUCACCAGCCAGUGUGCUGUCCAUCAGCCUUCACCAGCCAGUGUGCUGUCCAUCAGUCACCAGCCAGUGUGUCCAUCAGUCCAUCACCUGCCAGUGUGCUGUCCAUCAACCAUCACCAGCCAGUGUGCUGCCCAUCAGCCUUCACCAGCCAGUGUGCUGUCCAUCAGCCUUCACCAGCCAGUGUGCUGUCCAUCAGCCAUCACCAGCCAGUGUGCUGCCCAUCAGCCUUCACCAGCCAGUGUGCUGUCCAUCAGCCUUCACCAGCCAGUGUGCUGUCCUUCAGCCAUCACCAGCCAGUGUGCUGUCCAUCAGCCUUCACCAGCCAGUGUGCUGCCCAUCAGCCUUCACCAGCCAGUGUGCUGUCCAUCAGCCUUCACCAGCCAGUGUACUGUCCAUCAGCCUUCACCAGCCAGUGUGCUGUCCAUCAGCCUUCACCAGCCAGUGUACUGUCCAUCAGCCUUCACCAGCCAGUGUGCUGCCCAUCAUUGG